GUCCAUGUCAGCGCAUGAACUGCAAAAAAAAAAUGCAGGCACUGGUAAGGACGACUGAAAAGAAGGGUCCUUCAAGUUCAACCGGCGCUUUGUUUUGCAUCGCUUCCCUACGCUUUGCUAAGAAGAGCCUCAAUUCGUCGGGGCAUGUGUCGAAAGGAUGCUGGCCCAUGUUGACUCCAAUGCGUCACACAGUUGCCAAGUUGGGUGGAUGUCCUUUGGGUGGCGGACCAUUCUUGAUACGCAUGGGAAACUGUGGUGGUGAAAACCCAGCAGCGUUGCAGUUCUUGACACACUCAAACCGGUGAGCCUGGCACCUACUGCCAUACCGCGUUCAAAGUGGAUGAGAUGACUGUGGUGGUGACCUCCAGAGCUUCGAGAGUGACCCAGUGAUGGCUCGUCCUGCCCCUGCUCCCCUGUACACCCUGAGGGGGGCUGGAUCCCCCCUUAAUGCCUUGCACUUCGGCUGCUGUGAAGGGGACCCUCCCCUGCUCUUUUCUGGCUCAGGCCAGGGGUCAGUCCAUGUGUGGAACCUGACCACCAGAAGAGCUGAGAGGGUUCUAGAAGGUCAUUCUGGAGCCUCUGUCACCUGGCUCAACAUGCUCCACUCCAGAGACACUCUCAUCAGUCAGGGGCGCGACAUGCGUGUGUGCUUGUGGGACCUGGCAGAGGGGCGCGGUGAUGUCACGGACGCCCUGUGGACUGGCAGCGUGGGGUUCUGUCGCUGUUCCCUGCUAGAGACUGGCCCUGGGAGAUGGCUACUGGCCCACGCUGGAGAAGCCAUGGAGGAGGUGAAGAUCAUUGAGCUGCCCAGCAAGAGCCCAGUUUGCUCCCUGAUACCACAAGCCAAGCUGGGGAUGGUCAUGUGCAUCAAGCUAUGGCAGCCAGACUCAAGCCCUGGCCCUCUCCUCCUGGCUGGUUAUGAGGACGGCUCCCUGGCGCUGUGGGACAUAUCCCAGAGGUCCGUGCUGAGCCGUGCGGCCGCCCACCCUGAGCCCGUCAUGUGUCUGGACUUUGACCCCGCCGGACAGAGGGGCAUCUCUGGCUCCUCCGAGAAGAGUCUCGCCUCCUGGAAGCUUGACGGACAGCACAGACUCCAGCUCCAGGAACCCGUAGCCCUUGUGAAUCCUGGGAUCUCCCAGCUGUGCAUCCGGGGGGACCGGAAGAUCGUGGCAUCGGCCGGCUGGGACCAUCGUGUCCGUGUGUUUGGCUGGAAGAAGCUCCGGCCCCUGGCUGUCCUCCAGCACCACACAGACAUGGUGCUGAGCCUGGCCUUCUCAGACCACCAGGACCCCAGGAACAGGAUGCUGGCCGCGGGCUCCAAAGACCAGCGCAUCAGCCUCUGGUCCAUAUACAACCAGGGCAGCUCGGACACUGGGACUAUAUCUGAAUGUACUGACUAGAGCUGGACUAUGUGAACUACUGGGUAGGAACUUCUGUCUCAGACUGUGAAGACAUUUCCGACAUAGCCAAGAUGGAUCAGGUCAGGAUGAGAUGUCUUUGUGCUUCCAAACAAAAGCUGUCAAGACGGCUGGUUAGUUCUGCUAACAAUUCACUGAGACUUAAUUUGAACACAUUAUUUUUGGUCAAAACCAACUGUUUUAUUGUGUUUGCUUAUCUGGUAGGAGAUUUGCCUGAGCGGACUUGAAUUUGAGGUAUAAGUCGCGCCUGAGUGACUGUGUAAUCCUGUGUUGUUGAUCUAGUUUAACAUUGCCCUCUGCUCUGACCUACACUGCAUCAGUCAAACAGGGUUAACCACAGAACUUGGACAGAGGAGACAAAGCUGUUUGUUAAGGAGGGCCACUGAAUAAUCUUCCCUCAACUAAAGAGGCUGUCUGUACGGAUUUGGACUUAAGAGGUUACUUGUAUUUUCAGUUUGGUCUUAAAUGUAUUUCUGUUUGUCAUUGUGAGUACAAUAUGUUGCCCCUGUGCAUUGUGGGAAAAAUGUGUCAACUUCAAACUGUGAUUGGAUGCGUUUAAGGUUUGUGAAUUACACCCCAAGUCCACCAAAUGUAAAUAGUAUCUGCUGUGCUUUUCAACUUUUUUAUUUCCUGGUAAUAAAUAUGUUUUUCUGUACAUCCA